GUGGAACCCACAAUGUUUUACAUCAGCCAUCAAGAUUUCUUUACCCAAUUCAUCUAUUUUUCCAUAGUGACAAAACAAUCAUGGGAUCUGCCGACGAAGAAAGAUCGCUUUUGGAAGCUGGACUUGUUCAGGAUGAAAGCAGUGGACCUUACACCGGGGAUGGCUCUGUUGAUUAUCAUGGAAAUCCUGUUUUGAAGCAGAAUACUGGAAACUGGAAAGCAUGCCCUUUCAUUUUGGGUAAUGAAUGCUGUGAACGAUUGGCUUAUUAUGGGAUAGCAACUAAUCUUGUGACUUACCUGACCAAGAAACUGCACGAAGGAAAUGUAUCAGCUGCAAGAAAUGUGACCACUUGGCAAGGAACUUGUUACCUUACACCUCUCAUUGGAGCUAUCUUAGCAGAUGCUUAUUGGGGAAGAUAUUGGACAAUCGCCGCUUUCUCCACCAUUUACUUCUUUGGAAUGUGUACAUUGACCCUCUCAGCAUCAAUUCCUGCACUGAAACCUGCUGAAUGUGUGGGUUCUAUAUGUCCCUCAGCUACUCCAGCUCAGUAUGCAGUAUUUUUCUUCGGUCUGUAUCUGAUUGCAUUAGGGACUGGUGGAAUCAAACCGUGUGUCUCAUCAUUUGGGGCAGAUCAGUUUGAUGAUACUGAUCCCAAAGAAAGGGUGAAGAAGGGGUCCUUUUUCAACUGGUUCUAUUUUUCUAUCAACAUUGGCGCUCUGAUAUCAAGCAGUCUUCUGGUGUGGAUUCAGGACAAUGCCGGAUGGGGUCUUGGAUUUGGCAUUCCAGCAUUGUUUAUGGGCCUUGCUAUUGCUAGUUUUUUCUUAGGCACACCUCUCUAUAGAUUUCAAAGACCUGGAGGUAGCCCUAUUACAAGAAUGUGCCAGGUUUUGGUUGCAUCAUUUCAUAAAUGGAAUCUGAAGGUACCCGAAGACAGUAGUCUCCUGUAUGAAACAGGUGACAAAUGCUCUGCCAUUGAAGGAAGUCGGAAACUGGAGCACAGUGAUGAGUUGAAGUGCCUAGAUAAAGCUGCCAUAGUCACUGAUGCUGAGAUCAAAAGUGGGGACUUCUCAAACCCAUGGAGGCUUUGCACUGUAACACAAGUGGAGGAAUUGAAAAUCUUGAUCCGCAUGUUUCCCAUAUGGGCUACUGGAAUUGUCUUCUCUGCUGUAUAUGCCCAAAUGUCAACUAUGUUUGUGGAACAAGGGAUGAUGAUGGACACUUCAAUUGGUUCUUUCACUAUUCCUCCUGCUUCUCUCUCAACUUUUGAUGUUAUCAGUGUCAUUUUUUGGGUUCCCAUCUAUGAUAGGAUCAUUGUCCCAAUUGCAAGGAAGUUCACAGGCAAGGAGAGGGGCUUCUCAGAGUUGCAGCGUAUGGGAAUUGGUCUCUUUAUUUCUGUCCUAUGCAUGUCAGCUGCUGCUGUGGUGGAGAUCAGGAGACUGCAGCUUGCAAAAGAGCUAGGGUUGGUUGAUAAAUCGGUUGCUGUACCACUUAGCAUUUUGUGGCAAAUACCUCAAUAUUUCUUGUUGGGUGCUGCAGAGGUCUGCACAUUUAUUGGACAGCUUGAGUUCUUCUAUGAUCAGUCUCCUGAUGCCAUGCGAAGUUUAUGUAGUGCACUUUCACUUCUAACUACAUCUUUGGGGAAUUACCUGAGUUCUUUUAUUCUGACUCUUGUAACUUACUUCACAACAAAGGGUGGGCAGACUGGUUGGAUACCAGAUAACCUGAAUAAGGGUCAUCUCGACUAUUUCUUCUGGCUCUUGGCUGGUCUCAGCUUCUUAAACAUGUUAGUGUACACUGUCUGCGCUAUGAAGUACAAGCAGAAGAAGUCCACUUAAGGUUCCUUCUCUUAUGGAGAGAAAUUCAGCUGAAAUGUUAUUGUACAUGGAAACUGCAUACAUUUCAAUAUUUCCGCCUCAAAAGCAACUGUUUGUAUCUUAUUGGAUUAAAUGAAUUGCGUCUGAAAGCAUUAAUCUUACUUCGUACUCUGGGCAGAUUCCCACGUAUUGUACACGAGUACUGCUUGCUUUUCAAUUAGAAGCCAUCCUUCCAUAUUGGAACAAACUGUUUGUAUUAUAGGAUGAAAAGACUUCUUAAAGUAAUAAAUCUUGCUUUUCUUUUC